AUGAACCCUUCAUCCGCUCAUCAUCCUCCCUCAGCUCCCAACAGCAUCGCUACUGUUACAAGUUUUAUUUCCGGCACCAAUACCACUCCUGCUCUCUCUUUCUCUUGUUCCUCGGCAAACAGUGGGCCUGGAGUUUCCAGCCUCAUAGCUUAUACCAACAGUAGCUCUAACACCGUUUGUGCGACCACCGCCUCUUUAACACGUUGCGGUCCCCUUCUUUUCACCAUCGCACCCGCAAGUGUCACCACGACUGGCACUUUCGUUUCUGGUGCAGCAGGCCUUGGCUACUCCACCAUUACUCCAUCCGUGGCUACUUUAUCUACUGCCCCAACUGCUGUCAUCACUACCAUUUCUAACGUUUCAUCUUGUAACACAACCAAUACUACUAGCGGUUCUGGAAUCGUUCCCUCUGGUAUUGGUUUGGCGGCUGUCGAUAUCGCUCCACUAUCAGUUUCUCCCGGUCUACAAUCUUCGAACAGGUCGCCGACGCGAACACUUUAUGUGGCUGGAUUAACAGUUGGACCAACGGGGCCAGUAACUGCAGACCAACUAAGAUUGGCCUUCAGGAAGUUUGGCGAGAUAAUUGUGAGUUUCAUUCUUUCUCUUUGUGUCUAA